AUGAAUCGAGAAAAACACGUUUACGAGCGUGUGGAAGGAGACGAAUCUCCCUCCAUAUCCCAGGUUAUUAUGGCACGGUCGGUUCCGGCCGCACCGCCACCAGUACCAGUGCGGAUGCCAAAGUGUCAUGCUUUGGCAAAGAAAAAGGAAGGAUGUGCCACCGACCGUCACUUCACCAACGACGCCUCUGGAGGUUCGGUUGCUAGUCCACCUGAGCAACCUCCUCCAGAGGAGUGGCGCGUCUGGAUCGGCGGUGUGGUGAACCAGAUGUCAGCUGAUAUCAAAUCAAUGUCAACUGCCAUCAAAUCAAUGUCAGCUGACAUACGUCGUCUGACCCUCGCUAUUGAGGGUGAUGGUCGUGGUGGCGACGAAGAGCGGGGUCGUCGACGAAUCACAUUGAAUUCGAUCCCAGGUUAUUAUGGCACGGUCGGUUCCGGCCGGUUAGGUUCGUUUUCCGACCGUUUCCUGCAAACUUCGAGCUGGAAACGGUCAGGAACUGAUCGGAUAUUUCCUGGGCAAUUCCGGCGGCAAGGAAUCUGCUGGAACUUGCUGGAAUCGGCGAAAACUGUGCCGGAAUCGAGAGGAGCUAUACCGGAGCCGACUCAGAUUUCAACGGAUCCAGUCGCCGGAAUGAUCGACCUGGGAUCCUCUUCCUUCCCCAGCACCGCCACCAGUACCAGUGCGGAUGCCAAAGUGUCAUGCUUUGGCAAAGAAAAAGGUAUGAAUACUUUGUUUUUUUUUAAUCAAAUAUUUUUUAAUGCUUUGCAGGAGGGAUGUGCCACCGACCGUCACUUCACCAACGACGCCUCUGGAGGUUCGGUUGCUAGUCCACCUGAGCAACCUCCUCCAGAGGAGUGGCGCGUCUGGUUUGGCGAUGCCGUGAACCAGAUGUCAGCUGACAUCAAAUCAAUGUCGGCUGACAUACGUCGGCUGACCCUCGCUAUUGAGGGUGGUGUGGUGAACCAGAUGUCAGCUGACAUCAAAUCAAUGUCAGCUGACAUCAAAUCAGUGUCAGCUGACAUACGUCGGCUGACCCUCGCUAUUGAGGGUGGUGGUGGUGGUCGUAGUGGUGGUGGUGGUGGUCGUGGUGGUGGCGACGAAGAGCGGGGUCGUCGAGGAGUGAGUGUCGGUGGACGCCCUCGACCCACCGACCUCCGUUUACCCCUUCGUAGACCUUAA